GUCAGUAAGUCAUUCAGCCUCAGUACCAGGCAGAGUGCACUAAGCUCAGCGACACAGAGCUGAGACAGAGAGUAGCGAGAGGACGAGGCUGUUACAUGCCGUUGCGGUCAGUUUACUAGUGGGCAUUCUACUGGACCGAGAAAAGAGAAGGGGACUUUUACAAGGCAUUCAAGGGAGGGACUUUAAUCAUGUUUCUGACUGCCGGCGCUCUGCUGAUGGUGGUGGCAGCGAUGCAGGUUGCCGUGCAAGGAGGAGGGACCAUGGGGUCAUUGCCACAGAGGCAAGGGUCGUUGCCAUGCACACAAGGAUUCUCCCAGGAGGAGUACAGUAUUGCUGUAGAUGAGGAGCUGAGGGAGGGACAAGCACUCUUCAAUGUUAAGUUUGACGACUGCGGCAUGGGCCCGGUGCUGUUGGAGGUGAGAGGCGGUAAGGACUUCAGACUGGGAGGUGAUGGUGUGGUGUAUACCCGGCAUGCCCUCCGUCUGGCCCACGGGAAAAGAGCCUUCCUGGUGGUGAAGGCAAAGGAUCCGAAGACCAAGGAGGAGUGGCAAACGCGCGUUCACCUCCGGCGGACACCCCGACCGACGGCAGAACUGACGCACCACAAACAACAGGUGAACUCCAGCUCCGCAGCUGUGACUCAGCAGGGGCGGGAGAUUGUGUUUCCGUGGCGCAGUGUGGUUGUCGGGGGCGAUGGAUCUCUGCGGAGGGUGAAAAGGGACUGGGUCAUCCCUCCCAUCAACGUCCCAGAGAACUCACGAGGACAGUUCCCAGAGGAGCUAGUCAGGAUCCGGUCGGACCGUGAUAAGAACCGUCUCCUGCGCUACAGUGUGACCGGGCCGGGCGCUGAUCAGCCUCCAACCGGAAUAUUCAUCAUCAACCCCAUCUCCGGUCAACUCUCUGUGACAAAACCCCUUGACCGCGAAGACAUUGCCAACUUCCAUCUGCGAGCCCAUGCUGUGGACCUGAAUGGAAACCAGGUAGAGAAUCCCAUCGACAUCGUCAUCAACGUCAUAGACAUGAACGACAACAGGCCAGAGUUCACACACACUGUGUACAAUGGGUCAGUGCCAGAGGGAUCCAAACCAGGGUCCUUUGUUAUGACCGUGACAUCAGUGGACAAGGAUGACCCGAAGACGGCCAAUGGGAUGCUCCGAUACAAGAUUCUAUCUCAGAACCCAGAGAGCCCUUCCUCCAACAUGUUCACCAUCAACAACAAGACAGGAGACAUCAUCACGGUGGCUGCGGGGCUUGACCGAGAGAAAGUUUCUCAGUACAAGUUGAUCAUCCAGGCGACUGACAUGGAGGGGAACCCCACCUAUGGACUGUCUAACACAGCUACAGCUAUCAUUAGAGUCACUGACGUCAAUGACAACCCUCCCGAGUUUACCUCUGACACGUUCUACGGAGAGGUUCAGGAGAACCGCGUCACAGUGAUUGUAGCCAACCUGACGGUCACAGAUAAGGACCAGCCACACACGGCUGCCUGGAACACAGUUUACCGGAUCACGGCCGGAGACCCAACUGGACGCUUCUCCAUCCCCACCGACCCCACCACCAACGAGGGACUGGUCACUGUGGUCAAGCCAGUAGACUACGAGCUCACCCGCUCCUACAUGUUGACGGUGCUGGCGGAGAACCAGGUUCCCCUGGCGCGCGGUAUCCACCUGCCACGCCAGUCCACCGCCACCGUGUCUGUACGCAUCACCGACGUCAACGAGAGCCCAGAGUUCUCCCCCAACCCUAAAGGGCUCAAACUGGAGGAGGGGCUACCAGCCGGGUCGCUGCUAACCACCUUCACAGCCCAGGACCCAGACAGAUACAUGCAGCAGAACAUACGCUACUCCAAGCUGUUUGACCCUGCUAAUUGGCUGGAGAUAGACCCUGUAAACGGGCGGAUCUCCACCAUCGCUGUGCUGGACAGAGAGUCUCCCUACGUGAAGAAUAAUCUCUAUAACGUCACCUUCAUGGCCUCGGACAACGGCGUCCCCCCAGCCAGCGGUACCGGCACGUUGCAGAUGUACUUGUUGGACAUAAACGACAACGCUCCUCGUGUCUUCCCUCCGGAGGUGGAGAUGUGCGAGAAGCCCGAGCCCAACGGCAUCAACAUCACCGCCAACGACCCCGACUUGACCCCUAACGCCGGCCCCUUCGCCUUCGAACUGGCCAACCGGCCUGCGGACGCGCGGCGGAACUGGACCCUGUCGCAUCUAAACGGUGAAUAUGCUCAGAUGAGGUUACGGAUAGGCUUCCUGGAGAGCGGCGUCUACGAGGUUCCCAUCAUCAUCACGGACUCGGGCAACCUGCCCAUGUCCAACACGUCCUACCUGCGGGUGAAGGUGUGCCAGUGCGACCACCACGGGGACUGUGUGGACAUGGAGCGCAUCAUGGCUGCCGGGCUGGGAACGGGAGCCAUCAUCGCCAUCCUCCUCUGUAUCAUCAUACUGCUGGUGAUGGUGUUGCUGUUUGUGAUGUGGAUGAAGAGGAGGGACAAGGAGCGCCAGGCCAAGCAGCUCCUCAUCGACCCGGAGGACGACGUCCGGGACAACAUACUGAAGUACGAUGAGGAGGGAGGAGGAGAGGAGGACCAGGACUACGACCUCAGCCAGUUGCAGCAGCCCGAUGCGUUGGAGCCGGAGAUGGUGAAGGUGGGUGUCAGGCGUAUGGAUGAGAGACCCCUUCACCAGGACCACCUGUAUCCUCUCCGCUCUGCUGCGCCCCACCCUGGAGACAUAGGAGACUUCAUCCACGAGGGUCUGAAAGCAGCGGAUAAUGACCCAACGGCGCCUCCUUAUGACAGCCUGCUGGUGUUUGACUACGAGGGCAGUGGCUCUACCGCCGGCUCUCUCAGCUCCCUUCACUCCUCCUCUUCUGGUGGUGAUCAGGACUACGACUACCUCAGCGACUGGGGCCCACGCUUCCGCAAGCUGGCUGACCUCUAUGGAGGAGGAGACGACUAGAAGCCCCCGUGCUAGGGUCUGAGUGGGGUUAGGGAAGGGGCAAGAGGUGGAUGGGAUAGGGGACGUAGGGGCGGGGGAAUCAGUGGCACUUUUUAAAAUCAUGGGACCUGGAAGGAUUGUUGGUGGUAAAGAGACAUCUAUUUUGCCUGAUCGGACUGGAAAGAGGAAUAACAACAGCAUGACGUAUGUUGGAGUGGCAACUGCUAGCCUAGCCUAUUAGCCCAUAUGCUAGGGAUUGCUAAAACUCAGAAGAGAAUGCAGUGACUGCUAGUCUAGCCUGCUAGCAUGCAGGCUAACUCAGAUUAGCAUGGAGUGUUAGCCAUCAUGCUAAUGGUCGCUAGUAUGUCCAAUACAUUUGGGUGGCAACUGCUAGCCUUAUCUGUUAACAUACAAACUGAGGCUAGCAGAGCACACAUGCCUAGGAUGCACAUUGCUCAGAUGGAAACCAUGGGAGGAAACCCGGCGGUUCACUGGUUGUUUAAGGAUGAGAGAGCCUGGGCGCUCUCUUAGCAGUUUGCAAUGAUAAAGACGCUCAGUUACACUUGAAUCUCACGGUACAGAAGCACUGGGAUAAAACGUGCCUUUUUGUACAUUCUUUGGAUUCUGUUUUAGUAUUCUGUUCAUAUCAUGACUUGCAGGGAUAUCCGGCUGUAAGAGAGCAGACGUUUAAAAUGAGGAACACGGGCUUGAACAUGUGUGCAGUGUGUGAAUGUGUGUGUUCAUGUUACACCUCACUGCCAGAGUGUGUACGUCAUCGUCAUUGCCAUGGAGAUGAACAGGAUGAACGCUUCCCACUGAGAGAAGACAUGUACAGUAAACGCUACUCUGUAGAUACACUAGUUUCCCUGUUUUUCUUUGUUUUGUUUAUAUGCUUUUUUUCAUAUUGUAACUUAAGCAGCUGGUUGCUAAAUAAAAGGAGUCUCCUCUCCUACAUUUUGUAGCAGACAUAUUGUUUUGUUACUCUGAGGUUUGGUUGGUGGAUUUGACUGAAACCAAAGUGGGGGUUAUUAUCAUUUUAAUUCAGUUAAUUCAGGAUGUUAACUGAUAUUUUAAUUCAGGAAGUGAAUUAAUGUCCCAAUUAAGGAAGUAAAACAAAAUUCCAGUUAAAAUGUUCCUCAAUGCUUGUGUGUAACAAUUUUUUUUUUACUGGAACGUUAAUUUGCUUCCUGAGUUUAACAGAAUUAAAUAGAAAUUGACCCCAACUCUGACUAAACCAAGAUGAUGGUGAUGACGAUGAAGUUGUUGAUUCUGUCCAUUUAUAUGCCUUAGUGUUGGUACUCUGGUACUCUUUGCUGAUUGGCUACUCACUGUAAACACAAAUAUGUACAGAUUGUAUUUUAUUUUCUGUUGUUCUUUUUGAGCUUGACCUCUAAAAGAAAUAUUACAAUACAGAACCUUGUAUAUGUAUAAUUUAGACUACAGAUUAAACGUUUUUUGCAUGUUUU